AUGUUUCCCGAUCCUUUAUUUUCAAGGAGUGAAUUGUCAGUUAGAUUAGAAAAGGCUUUUUUAAUGGGAACUUGUUAUAAACAUUCCAAAAUUCGUAAUCAAUUUAUGGAGAUCUUUGAUCAUAGCUUAUCUAAAGUUUUACCACCACGGCUUCAUUAUAUUCUUGAUAAGCAAAAUUGGGAAUUACUUGGUGAUUAUUUCUGGAUACAUCAGGCUUUGGAUCUUUUAAUCGGCGCAAUUUCUCAUAAAAAAAGUAUUCAAAUGACACACAAUUUACAAAUCAAAUCAAUCGCAACACUAGGUGAUUUAUCAUCUUUUACAGAUUCUUCAGAAAGCAUUGAUCAAAAAUUUGAGGAUUUUCUGCAAAAACACAGGGAAUUUUUAUUUGAAGUUAAAAAAUUAUGUGUUGGAGAUCUAUUAUCACCUUUAAAACAGCUCCACCAAUUAGACAAUAAAAUAGCAUAUGAUUUAUGGGUCCAUCUUUUCCCAAUUUGUUGGUCAGCUAUAAACAAUAAAGAAAGACAAGAUUUAACCAACAAAUUAGUGACACUUUUAUCAGAAGAUUAUCAUGAUGUUCAAAAAGAUUUCCAACCAAAUUGUAUACAAGCAAUAUUAGAUGGAAUAUCACAUUGCUCACCUGUUCUGAAAUUGCCGCCACACUUGAUUAAAUACCUUGGAGGUUGA